AUGGAGGUCGCAGGUCUGGCAAUCGGAGUCGUGGGGCUGGCCGGCAUCAUCGGCACCUUUCGCAGCGUGAUCGACCUCUUCGACCUAUUCGCAGCAACGAAGUCACUUCAGCGCGAUGCUGCCCUGCUCAUGACCAAACUUGACAUCGAAAAGUUCCUUCUUCUACGAUGGGCUGCAACGGUCAAGCUGGUUCAUCAAGAUUACGACGAACGCCUCGACAAUCCCGAAAAUCAAAAGCUGAUUGCGCACGUUCUGGCGUGUAUCCACCAACUCCUCACCGAUGCGAGCGAGCUCAGUGCCAAGUACGGCGUUGAAGAGGUCACCACCAGCGAGCCAUCUACGGACCUUUUGGCCUUGGACGAGGCUUCGAGUGUCAGCGAGACACAAUCGAAGACCUUUUUCGAAGAGCUCAGCCAGUAUCGGUCCCAACUUGCCGGUCGUAGAACAGGCCGUCAACAGCAUGGUCUUCGAAAACGCGUUCGAUGGGCUGUACAUGACAAGGAGCUGUUCCAAGGUCUGAUAUCAGAAUUGGCCUACUUUGUAGGCAAGCUUGGAGAGGUUUUAUCAGCCGGGAGCAAAAUCUCUGAAGCCAAAACACAGCUCAAACUGGACGAACUCACAGAUGCACGAACGUUGCGACUAAUCAUGGACGCUUCGAAAGGGCAUCACCAUACUAUUGCUGAGGAGGCAAGCAUAGCAUGGGACAAGCUCCGGAAAAAGACAAUCAUCAAUGCGCUUUGGUUCAGAACAUUGCUUGAGAGGAAACAUGCCAUCGAAGCAGAGCACGAGUUGACUUUGCGGUGGGUUUUGGAACCGUCCGAGUAUCACAAAAGCCAUCUCUGGGAUGACUUAUCCCGGUGGCUUCAAGAAGGGCAUGACAUCUACUGGGUAUCGGGGAAGGCUGGCAGUGGAAAAUCAACUUUGAUGAGGUUUGUCGGGGAAACCCCUAAAACCUACAACCUUCUGAAGCAAUGGCACGGACAAAAGCCAUGUCAUGUGGCGACCUACUACUUCUGGGGCUUGGGGGUAGUGGAGCAGAACACUCUGCAUGGCCUGGGAAGGUCUCUUCUCUACCAACUCUUGUCGCAAAACCCAGACCUCAUCCCGGAUGUGUUGCCUGAGAUGUGGAUGGAACAGGAAGUUCUUGACAGUGGCAUCGGUUCUUUAACACUGCCACCCUUGGCCGAAAUGAGCAGGGCGCUUGACAACGUAGGCAGCCUUUUGCACGGCAAGGGAGAGAGGGCUUUUCUAUUGAUCGAUGGUCUCGAUGAGCUUGUGGGAACAAAUUACAUCGACGUUAUUUCCUUCAUACAGCGUCUGACAAAGAAUGAGACCGUAAAAGCCCUCGUCUCAAGCCGACCAAUUCCGGAUUUCGUGGCUGCAUUCAGCAAUUGCCCAAACCUGCGGUUACAGGACCUCAACAGAGGAGACAUCGGGAACUAUGUCCAGGAUGUUAUUGCAGGGCAUGAGUACAUGAGAAAGCUGCUUGAACGUUCCCCAGAUCAAGCCAAGGAGAUCAUCUCAGACUUAGUCGAUAGGUCUUCUGGUGUCUUCCUUUGGGUAGUCCUGGCUUGUCGUGCUCUGCUAUGGGGAUUUUCCGACUUUGAUCGGCCUCACGAGCUUCGUCAGAGAAUCAGCGAGCUACCACCUGAACUCGAGGAGAUGUUCAAGAUGAUGAUGGAAAAGGUGGAUCCUCGUCACCGCCAACAGGCAGCCAGGCUACUGCGAAUCUGCUAUACGAGCCACAGGGAAACCCCACGUCGAGAGAUUUCGGAAGGACCUUGGACGAGUAGUGAUGUAUUCGCAUUAUCUCUGGCUCUCGUAAGUGAUUACGACUUGGAGCCAGUCAGAGUUGCACCUCUCACUCUUGCCGAGAGGCGUGAUUUAUGCGAGAGCAUGGAAGGGCGCCUACGAAGUCGAACUGCCGGUCUCUUAGAGCUCACGAAAAGAAGUCGUCAUCAAGGUGUGGGCUGGGCGGGAUCCGGUUGCUUCUGCGGCGGGACCAGAGUCGAAGACCAAGCCAUCAUACACGACCCCUGGAUUGACGCGAGAGUCGACUUCAUCCACCGCACUGUUUUCGAGUUCUUGUCACAAGAGCAUGUCUGGAAUCUGGAUUGGCUGGUACUUCGCAACGAAAAGUUCAAUCCGGCGACUGCACUCUCGCUAGGAGGCUUGCAGCUUUCUCUACAGAGUCUCAGCCUUGACAGAGAACGUCUCUACGAUGGUGUGAUAUUGCUACUUCGUGACGCUAUGGCAUGGGGAUCGCAAGCAGACAAAGAAAUGCCACGCUGUCGAGACAACAUAUUCUGGAAUAUCCAACCUUUUCUUGACCUGCUUCAUAACCGCAGCAGUGAAGGGGACGAAGAGGUUAUCAAACCAGGAUGUCUGUCAGACCUGAUAUUCAGUUAUCAACACGAGCCACGGAACAGGUACUCACAUGCUGCCCUUCAGUUCGCUAUUCGUGGAGGAUCAGUCAACUACAUCAAGUCACACCCCGAAGCUUGGAAGUUGGCCAGUGCUCUGGCUAAGGAAGCCUCGCCGAAAUGCGGGUGCCUGCCACUUCUCAGCUACGCCGGUGACAUACAGCUAAACGCCGGAGGCUUCAGAAGCAACCAUAUUCUUCUUAACCACUCGCCGAAAAUGGUAGGACUUCUGCUUUCUCUGGGCUGCGACCCCAAUGGCGAUCUCUAUCCUACAGGUGACAGCAACGGGGACGGCGAAGGCGGCGGCGUUCUCGAAGCUCGAACGCCCUGGACGGCUUGGUUGUGGAGCGUGUAUUUUCAACUAGGCUUGAGCCCGGGUAUGCCAGACGUUUUAGAAAGACUGGAAGUCACGAAGCAGUUUCUUGAGGCUGGAGCAUCUCGAGAUGCACCUGACAUAGAUCAGCUGAAAAAGAACCUGGCUCAUCUGGUUUAUUCCGACGCAUCAAAGGAGAUCCGACAUACGGCAGUGAUCGUAUUAGAGCGCGUCUUUGGCAUCAAGUAA